AUGAGCAGUGAGGUUCAGGCAAGGCUGAAGGCACCAAAUAAGGCCUUCAAGUCUGGGGGUGCAGUGGUACUGAAAACCACCAGGGCCAACCUGAACCGGGCCAAGCUGAACCAGGCCAAGCUGAACCGGGCCAUUAGACCUGCAAAGCCUAGUCCUGGUCAAAAAGUUCAUGGACACGUGCUAAGCUCCUCCCCUCAGGCCCAUCAGGUCUUCCUUCGGUCCAAGCGGGCUAACCUGUUCCUGGUGGAGGAGAUCCUGCAGGGGAACCUGGAACGGGAGUGUUAUGAAGAGACCUGUGACUAUGAAGAGGCACGAGAGUACUUCGAAGACACACAGAGGACGGACUCCUUCUGGACGGUCUACAUUGAUGGAGACCAGUGUGAGUCCAAGCCCUGCCUCCAUGGGGGGAACUGCACUGACCAGGUGGGGGGGUUCAGCUGCACCUGCGCUGACCCCCAUUACGGACAGAUCUGUGAACUGGGACCAAUGACUGAACCGGGGGACCGAGGAGGACCAGCCAGUGCCCCGCAGACCGAACCAGAGGUGCUGCAGUGUCCGACUGCAGGUCCGACCGUCUGUCAGCAGAUGUGUACGGUGUCAGGCUCCGCCUUCAGCUGCUCCUGUCUGCAGGGAUUCAAACUACAGACCGACGGACGCACCUGCAGACCACAAGUGGCCUUUCCCUGUGGUCGACUCCCUGACGUCAACACCACGGUGUCUGCCUGUCACCAUGGAAACUGUCCCUGGCAGGUGGUGCUGCUGAACCACAGGGGGGAGGAGCUAUGUGGGGGCGUGGUCCUCACCCACCGCUCCGUCCUGUCGUCCGCUCGGUGCCUGGUCUCCACCCUGACUCCGCCCGUGCGACCGUCAGACGUGUUUGUGCGCUUCGGUAACCACAGGUACGCCUUCCCCGUGCGGGCGAUCCGGAUCCACGACCGCUUCCAAGUCCACCGCCACGACUACGACCUGGCCCUGCUCCACCUGCUCCACCCAGUCCGCUUUAGCUCCGCCCUCAUACACCUGUGCCUGCCCACCAGGGACUUCAGCGAGAACAUCCUGAUGCAUUCUGGGAGGUCUGGGGUCACCAGCAGACCAGCCCACGGUGGGAACCAGGACCCGGUCUACGUGACUCUGGAGGAGUGUCGGCAAGACCUGAACGUCCCGCAUCCACUGAGCAACAAAAUGUUCUGCAUGAGGAACCAGAACCAGCAAACCAGAACCGGUCCACCUGGAACCCAGAGGGAUGACUGGGAUCAGACCCAAACCGGUCCACGCGGAACCGAGAGGGACCACCAGGAUCAGACCCAAACCGGUCCACGCGGAACAGAGAGGGACCACCAGGAUCAGACCCAAACCGGUCCGCCUGGAACUGAGAGGGACCACCAGGAUCCAACCCAAACCAGUCCACGUGGAACUGAGAGGGACAACCAGGAUCAGACCCAAACCCUGGUCCAGAGGUACCAUGACCCCUCUAAGGACCAGACCCCAGCCCAGACCGGUCCAGCCGGGGCCCAGGCAGACCCAAACACCGACACCGGACCUUCUGGUGGCCUACGGUCCGACCCUCAGAGGUCAGAGGUCGGCGGUGGGGACUGCAGGACCCUGUUGCUGGGGACUCCCGUUGCCACGGAGGAGCAGGGCGUGGUGUACCUGACCGGGAUCCUGACGUCGACCCCCGUAGGCUGCGGAGACCGGGACGGGCUGGUCUACACCAAAGUGUCCCGGCACCUGAACUGGAUCAAGCCCAGACUGGAGGAGGCCCAAGACCACAUGACCCCCCAGGUCACAGACUACCCUGAGGACCGCUAA